AUGUCGACGCAACCAGCACCACCACCAGAAGCACCCUCGAAUCUGCUCCAUGUCCAAUUUAAGAACCCCGAGUUCCUCUCGUACCUCUCGCAUCUCCAAUCCACCGGUCAAGUCAGUCUUGGCCGCGACUCCUCUUGCGCCAAGUUCGAUCCUGCCCAUCCUCUCACGGAACACAAUGUAAUGGCGUACUUUGCAACCUCACCGUUCUUCGAUCGGCGAAGCAACAACGAGCAGAUUCGCAUGCAAAACAUCGCGAAUGGCAUCCAAAAUUUGAGCGGAGGCAUGGGAGCUAAACAGGAGGAACAAGAACUAAAGCGGUUUACCGGACUCGAGUUUGUGCUCGUGCAUUCCAGGGAACCGACGUGUUUCGUUGUGCAGAAGCGAUGGAGAACUUCACCGACCGAAACAACACCUUUGGCCGCAUACUAUGUUAUCAACGAUUCCAUCUACCAGGCUCCUGACUUGUAUUCUAUUCUGGCAACCCGACUGCAAUCCACCGUAUACGCGCUGAGAAUGUCGCUAUCCACCCAACGUCGAGCGCGACCCUCUUUCGAUCCGCGCCGUGGCCAUCAUGGUCGAUUCAUCGUCGCUGACGCCCCCACCAGUAUCGACGCCGACUCCAACCGCACCUGCACCACCCAAUCUACGCACACCCACCACGCCGACGACCAUACCCCCCAACUCGAGCAUCAACAAGACCACAUCCACCCUCCUCCUCCUGCCGCUUUCACUCAACCCCAACUCAAGAAAGCGCGCUUCGAUUGA